AAUCGAACGAUCUCUUUUUCCAGGUCUCGAUGCAACCCGACGUGCCGACCUGUGUCGCUUUCCUGUCACUGUUUCAUUAUUUCCAGCUGACCAAUUACUUCUGGAUGUUCGUCGAAGGUCUCUAUCUGUACCUGUUGGUCGUAAAGACUUUCACGGGCGACAAUAUCAAGCUGAGGCUGUGUCUUAUUAUAGGCUGGGGUAUACCGGUUCUGUUUAUCACCAUGUGGUGCAUCGCCAAGUCAUUGGACCACAGCACAACGAGUCAGGUACGAGAAAAUAUACUCAUAACCAUUGCGUAUCAAAUCGUUGUUAUCGUACAAAACUUUGCCCAAACUUCGAGGCUUAUGGCAUAA